AUUAUAGUUCUCUGGUGGGUUAAUUUUGUACUAGUGUUUGGGUUACCGACUCUCAUUCGUUGACGCGAUAUCACCGCUAGUUUUACAGUAAACACUAUGAAUAAUACGCGUUUGUGUCAAUAAUUAUUGUGCCAUGUGGUUGUUACUAAUAUGCGUAUGUUUAAUCCAAAGGGGUUAUGCCCAAAUACGUUACACGGAAACGAUAGAAGUGUCUUUCCAAAUCGCUGGAAUUUUCGAUCGGAAUGCCAUAACACAUCAACAAGCCUUCAAUGAGACGGUACAUCAUGUCCAUCUCUCUUCUGUCAGGCUACACGCUAUUAUGCUGCAGCCUCCCAGAACUGACAGCUACUCAGUUUGGAGAUCGUUAUGCUCCAAUACUGCAAUGAGGCCAGUUGCAGUUUUUGGACCUCAAAACCCAAUCUCCGACAAGGCAGUUCGUGAUCAAUGCGCUAUUGCUAACAUACCUCACAUACAAGCCACAAUGAAACCACUAGAUCCAGAUCUUGAACUUAAUGAGGAAUUAGAUUCAAGUAAUUCCCAAAUUGAAACCGCCGACGAGGCUGCUGCUUUUAAGAAAAUAACCAUAAAUUUUUACCCAGAAUCAGACGAAAUAUCUGUAGCUUACGGGAAACUACUAAAUUUUUACAACUGGAAGGUUUUCGCAGUUCUUUACGAAGACGAUUUUGGAUUACUUCGCAUUCAAAAGAUACUCGGAAGACAUAGUGAUGACUAUCCAGUAACUGUAUAUAGAUUAGAUCCAGAGGGAGACAACAGAAGUAUAUUCAAACUUCUGAAUGAAGACAGAGAAGAUCGAAUUUUAUUGGAUUGUCACGUAGACAGAGUUAUGAAAUAUAUGGAGGAAGCUGGUAGCUUCAAGAACUUGAGCAACUAUCAGCACUACAUCUUAGUAACAUUGGAUGCAGCUACGAUUUAUGAUAAAUUAAUAAACCUUCCUUUAAAUGUAACCUGGUUAAGCCUGACAGAAUUUGAAAAAAUUAAAGAUGCUCAACAUUAUUUAGCGACUAGAGUUGGAAAAUGGUCUAACGACUUUUCAACCAAAGUCAAUCAGAUGAAGACUGAUGAAUUGGUAAUGGAUGAUAUUACCAACCACGUGGUGAAAGCAAUGGAAACAAUAGAAGACUUAAGAAAACCAGAUUUUCCAAUAUGCGAAAAAGAUCCACAUCCCUGGCCACAUGGAGCACAACUACAAAAAGCUAUACUGCAGACUAAAACUGUCGGUGUUACUGGUAACAUAGAAUUCAACGAGAACGGCAAAAGGAUAAACUACGUUUUGUUUGUAAAUGAAAUUUACAUGUCACAAAGAUAUACUAUAGGGAAAUGGGAUUCAUCCAAUGCCACUGAAAUUGUCGAAACCAGACAAACAGAUAAUCGCACUACUGCGCAACAAAGUAAACAUUUUAUUGUAAUUUCUAGAAGAAACAAACCGUACUUUUACGAGAAGGAACCAUGCAAGGAGGGAGACACCACAUGUGUGAACGAUAAAGAGAAAUACGAAGGAUUCUCUGUUGAUCUCGUAAAGGCUAUUUUCGAGAUUUUAAAAAGCGAAAACUUUAAUUACACUUACUCCUUCUUCCAUGACGAGGACAAAGAUUAUGGGGAAUAUGACGUGAAAACAAAGAAAUGGAAUGGCUUAAUCGGUGACUUACUCGAUAAGAAAGCAGACUUAGCCGUCUGUGAUCUUACAAUCACUGAAGAUCGAAAGAAGAUUGUGGAUUUUUCAGUUCCAUUCAUGUCGUUAGGCAUAAGUAUAUUGUUUAAGAAACAGCUUGCGGAACCACCUGGAAUGUUUUCUUUCCUCAAUCCAUAUAGUGUCGGGGUAUGGUUGUACACAGCUACCGCUUAUUGCGUCGUUUCAAUGGUGCUAUUUGUUUGUUCCAGAAUUUCACCUGCUGAUUGGGAAAACCCGGAACCUUGCGAGAAAAAUCCAGAAGAAUUAGAAAAUAUUUGGACAUUCAAGAACUGUGCGUGGUUGACAAUGGGAUCUAUCAUGACACAAGGAUGUGAUAUCUUACCCAAGGCUAUCGGAACCCGUUGGGUCUGCGGAAUGUGGUGGUUCUUCUCUAUGAUUGUGUGUCAAACAUAUAUCGCCCAGCUGUCGGCUUCGAUGACAACCGCUUUGGAAAAUGAAUCUAUUAAAAGCGUAGAAGAUUUAGCGGCUCAAAACAAAAUAUUGUACGGUGCUAUUAAGGGUGGAUCUACAGUUGAUUUUUUUAAGAACUCUAAAGAUAAAACCUUCAGACGUAUGUAUGAAACAAUGAACUCAAAUCCAGCAUUGCUAGUCAAAAGUAACGAUGAAGGAGUGAGAAGGGUUUUAAGCGGAUCUAACAAAUACGCUUUCUUCAUGGAGUCUUCUGCCAUUGAAUACAAGCUUAGAAGAGACUGUAGACUGAAAAAAAUAGGAGGGGAACUGGACAACAAAUACUAUGGAAUCGCUAUGCCAGCAAAUUCUCCAUUUCGAACUCAUAUAAAUAGGGCUAUAUUGAAACUACAAGAGUCGACAAAGUUAGAUAAAAUCAGGAACUUAUGGUGGUUACAAAAGUACGAUGCGAAAAUCUGCAAGGACGUAGAUGUUGAUGCGAACGACGUACAAGGGGACUUGGAGCUUGAAAAUCUUCUAGGUGCUUUCGUUGUACUGAUAGUUGGCAUAUUCUUUAGCCUCAUUGUUACCGCCAUAGAAUUCAUGAACGAAGUCAGGAAUAUCGUUGUUCGUGAAAAUGUCACACACAAAGAAGUUCUUGUCAAAGAAUUAAAAGCUUCGCUGAACUUUUUCAACAAGCAGAAGCCAGUACUGAGGAACCCGAGCCGUGCUCCAUCGUUGGCAGGCACAGAAGAAUCUGAAGAUAAAAACAAAGAGAAGAAGCAGAAGAAAGAAAAAAGCAUUGAAAACUUUAUGGAUUUUGAAAAAGGAGCUUCGAUGAAUAAUUAAUUAAUCUCUUUAAAUAAAAAUUAAUUGCUGUUCGUUAGUCUCGCUAAAACUCGAGAACGGCUGAACCGA